UUUAUUAGGGGCCAUUCUCUGGGUUUAUCAGGGGCCCUACUAAUUCUGUAAGCACCUUGUUAAAGACACCCUGGAUGUGCCUCUACUCUAAAUCAGCAUUGAAAUGAUUUAAAAUCAUUCCUCCUGUUAAUAAGGCUGCACAUGAUCAAUGUUAAUAGUUAGUGACAUUCAACCUUCCAGGUGUUCUUAAACCUUCAGGCAGACUCAGACUCCUCAAUCAUGGUCUCACUGACACUAUGAGACCGUUUACUGAACAUCUUACUGAGAUCUAGAGCUCCACAGCGCUGCAGUGACACUAAAAGAGGGAUUCCCUCUCAGACUGCACCAUGGGAAGAAAUAUGAGACUGUAUGCUGUGUUCCUCUGUAGAAGCUCCGCCCCCUCACCUCAGACAAACCAGGAAACAGUCUGUGACGGUGCUAUAAGAGACACGCUGACACACCAGCACACGGAGGAAAACAACACGGCUUUACUGAGAGAGGACAGACGGAAGGAGCACAGGGAAAACUGGGAAUGCUGAGAAUUUAAAGAGGGACUGAAUCAUGAACUGAUCCAGAGUUUCAGAACAGAAUCAAAGUGAAACUAACUUUCAGAGAGGAUUUCUAUCAGCCUGCUGUGUUCCCAGCUACAUGGCAUCUAAAUCAGAGGAGGAUCUGAGCUGUCCGGUCUGCCUGGACAUCUUUAAAGAUCCCGUCAUCCUGUCCUGCUGCCACAGCUUCUGUAGAGCGUGUGUGGAGAACUGCUGGAAGGAGAAGGAGGACAAGGAGUGUCCUGUCUGUAAGAGGAGACAGUCAGAGGGAAUAAUGAGGAACUUUGCUUUAAAGAAUCUGUGUGAGACUUUUCUACAGGAGAGAGAUCAGAGAUCUUCAGAGGAUCUCUGCAGUCUGCAUCAGGAGACACUCAAACUCUUCUGUCUUAAACAUCGUGAGCCGGAGUGUGUCGCCUGCAGAGGCUCAAAAAAACACAUCAAGAGCAAAUUUAUGUCCAUCGAUGAAGCUGGUCAACGAUACAAGAAGAGACUCCAGGAAAUUCUGCAGCCCCUUAAGAAGAAGUUAGUGGCUCUAAAAGAUGUUAAAGUGAAGUUUGAUCAAACUCUGGACCACAUGGAGGUCCAGGCCCGACACACAGAGAGGCAGAUUAAGGAGCAGUUUAAGAAGCUUCACCAGUUUCUAGCAGAGGAAGAGGAGGCCAGGCUGCGUGCACUGAGGGAGGAAGAGGAGCAGAAGGCACAGAGGAUGAAGGAGCAGAUGGAGGCUCUGAGAGCACAGAUAGCAGAUCUUUCACACACAGUCAGAGCCACAGAGGACCAGCUGACGGCCCAAGACGUCUCCUUCCUGAAAAACUACAAGGCUGCAGUGGAGAGAGUCCAGCAGCGCCCCCUGCUGGAGGAGCCACAGCUGCCCUCAGGAGCUCUGAUAGACCAGGCCAAACACCUGGGCAACCUGGGCUUCAACAUCUGGACCAAGAUGAAGGACCUGGUCUCCUACACACCCGUCAUUCUGGACCCAAACUCUGGUGGUCCGUACCUAAUCCUGUCUGAUGAUCUGACUGCUGUGAGCUGGGUAGAGAUGCAGCAGCUUCCUGAGAAUCCAGAGAGGAUUUCUCCUUGUUUCUCUGUCCUGGGCUCUGAGGGCUUUAACUCAGGGACUCACAGCUGGGACGUCCAGGUUGGAGGCAGUACAAACUGGUUCCUGGGUGUGUUAGCAGAGUCCGUCCAGAGAAGGGGGUACAUAGAGACUGGAUUAUGGGGAAUAGGGUGUGAUGAUGGUGAAUACGGAGCCGACACACCUCAAUCUAACACGGUUUUCUCAGUGGAGCAUCAGUCAAAGAGGAUCAGAGUGAAUCUGGACUGGAACAGAGGAGAGCUGUGGUUCUCUGAUCCUGAUACUAACACACACAUCUAUACCUUUAAACACACUUUCACUGAGAGGAUGUUUCCCCUCAUUAAUACUGGGGACGGUGUGAAGGUUUUACCAGAGAAGAUCUCUGUGACUGUGGGACAGAAAUGUUGAGGAUGAUGGUUAUCAUUAGUGACGUUUCUAAGUGACUAAAGUCAAAUAAAUAAACAUUUUCACUUUGAAAUGCUAAACUGUACAGUAAUGAUGCAAAGGUCUACAGAGCAUUAGCUAAUGUUAGCACUGUUAGCUAGGAUGCUGACGUCUCUGGGCUGAAUAUCAGAACUCCUAGGUGAGUGGGUGGAACUAAUAAACUGAGGGUACUCCAGAAGCUCUUCCUUUCACUGGACGCUUAAAGACUCACUUUAAAAAUAACUCAAGUGGUUGAUUUAUCAAAGAAGAUGGAAAUGCAUUUCUAACAAUCAGGUUUUCCAAAUAUAAAUGCAGCUGCAAUGAGAAAAACUGCACUGGAUAAAAACAUGGGCCGUUUUUUCCAGCAUGCCCUUGGGCAGCAUUACUCAACCCUGCUCAACUAAAGAGCCAAAUUGUUGAAGAAUACCUCUGCAAGAGCCACAAUCUAAGUGGAGAAAAAAAUGGGCUGA